CAUCGGUGUUGCCAGACCCAUCACUAGGAGUUUGACAUCCCUGGUCUAAGAGGUUGGGAAUCUCUUCACUGGGCCCCAAACAGCGUCUCUCUCGGGGCCCCACGCAGCUCGAACCGGCCCUGGUUCUACCAUCUCCGCUCCGCAGCAGCAGGGGGCGCGAAAGCAACGACACCAACCGGAAAUACGCGCUUCAGCUUCCGGUUUCCGUAAACACGUGUAAGUGUGUUGAAAGGAACAAGAGCAGCAGAACCUUUCAGAACCUCUCGGAACCAUUUAGAACCGCUCACGUCGGGGCGUACCGGGACUGCUAGACCAUGUUGGAGCAGCUGGGUCUGAUCGGAACCAUCCGGGACGAGGAUCUGAGUCCAGAGGAACCAGCAACUGAAUCCGAGCCGGAGGAGGAGCCUAUCAUCCUGAACCGUAAGAAGAAGUUUGGAGGUCAAAGGUCGACAGAUUUCAACUGUGACUUUGAGUUUGGAGAGAGAGACGGUCUGAGCCUGGAUGAGGACUGGGCCAUGAGCGACGUCCUGAAGCAGCUCAAGAAGAAGAGAACCAUGACGACUUUGGACCAGAAAAUAGAGAAGGUCAGGAAGAAGAGGAAAGCUGAGGAGAAAUCGUCUCAGAGUUCUGAAGCUGAAGGCUCAGAGAUGAAGGAGGAGGAAGAGGAGGAGCCAGCUGACAGAAAUGAAGAGGACGAGGAUGGUGAUGAAGAGGAGGAGUUUGGCUCAAGUGAUGAAGAGGUUCUGACCAAAUCAGACACUCUGAGGGAGAAAGAGCGGCGAGGGAGGAAGAAGAAGAAUGUGGAAGAGGAGGCUCCAGAGACGUUUUCUGAGGACGCGUCUCAGUACAACGAGCAGCUGACGUUCGAAGAGAUGAACCUGUCCCGACCCAUUCUCAAGGCCGUCACGGCUCUGGGCUUCAAAGAGCCAACACCGAUCCAGAAGGCCUGCGUUCCCAUGGGGCUGCUGGGCAGAGACCUGUGUGCCUGUGCUGCCACCGGAACCGGGAAGACGGCCGCCUUCAUGCUGCCGGUGUUGGAGCGCUUGGUUUACAAACCCAGGACAUCCCAGGUGACCCGGGUCCUGGUUCUGGUUCCCACCAGAGAGCUGGGGAUCCAGGUCCACUCGGUGGCCCGCCAGUUGGCCCAGUUCACCUCCAUCACCACCUGCCUGGCUGUUGGUGGUUUGGACCUGAAGUCACAGGAGGUGGCUCUGAGGGCGGGUCCAGAUGUUCUGAUUGCCACACCGGGCCGACUGAUCGACCACCUUCACAACACGCCGAGCUUCGAGCUGAGCCACAUCGAGAUCCUGAUCCUGGACGAGGCCGACAGGAUGCUGGACGAGUACUUUGAGGAGCAGAUGAAGGAGAUCAUCAGGCUGUGCUCCUACAACCGGCAGACCAUGCUGUUCUCAGCCACCAUGAGCGAGGAGGUAAAGGACCUGGCGGCGGUGUCGCUGAAGGAGCCAAUCAGGAUCUUUGUGAACAGCAACACGGACGUGGCGCCGUUCCUCCGGCAGGAGUUCGUUCGGAUCCGACCGCACCGGGAAGGAGACCGGGAGGCUGUGGUGGCAGCGCUGUUGACCCGGACCUUCCAGGACCACGUGAUGGUGUUCACCCAGACCCGGAAGCAGGCCCACCGGCUGCACAUCCUGCUGGGCCUGUUGGGCCUGAAGGUCGGGGAGCUGCAUGGAGAACUGAGCCAGAACCAGAGGCUGGAGAACCUCAGGAGGUUCAAAGACGAGCAAAUCGACAUCUUGGUGGCGACCGACGUCGCGGCCAGAGGUUUGGACAUCGACGGCGUGAAAACGGUGAUCAACUUCACCAUGCCGUCCACCACCAAGCACUACGUCCACCGGGUCGGCCGCACGGCCCGCGCCGGCCGCUCCGGCCGCUCCGUGUCUCUGGUCGGAGAGUCGGAGAGGAAGACGCUGAAGGAAGUGGUGAAGUCAGCCAAGAACAGCGUGAAGGCCCGCGUCCUGCCCACAGAGGUCGUCCUGAAGUUCAGAGAUCUGAUCAGCAAACUGGAGAAAGACGUUGAAGCGGUGAUGAAGCUGGAGAGAGAGGAGAGAGAGAUGGCUGCAUCUGAGGCGAAGCUGAGUGUGGCUCAGAAGCGUCUAGAAGGCUCCGCCUCCUCCAGCGACUCUCAGAGGGUUUGGUUUCAGACGCAGCAGGAACGCAAGCAGAGCCGCAUGUCGAAGGCUCUGCAGGAGUUCGAUUUGGCUCUGAGAGGAAAGAAGAAGAGAGAGAAGUUCCUGAAGGAUGGGAAGAAGAAACAGCUGACGUCUGAGGAGCGCGCUCAGUUCGAGAUCCUGAAGGCUCAGAUGUUCGCUGAGCGAGCCGCCAAGCGGGAGAGACGGGCGAAGAAAGCCAGAGCCAUGCCUGAAGACGAACCGCCACUGAAAGCAACCAAUCAGAAAGCAGCAAGCAGAGGCAGGAAGUCGGUGUUUGAUGAGGAGCUGACCAACACCAGCAGGAAGUCCCUGAAAAACUACAGAGCUGGGCCAUCCUUCGCAGACAGGAAGCGCCUCGGCUUGGACAGGAAGCGGUCGGGUGGCUCCAGGUUCAGGAAGAAGUGAGGACAGAGAAACCAGAGAAACCAGUUCUCCAUGUCUUUGUCUGCACCAGAUUAUAAAUAAAGUUUGUUUGAAAGUGGUGGUGGCGCUGGUUGGUCAUGUGACCCGGCUGUGAUGGUCCGAUUUGACCCAUUGAACAUUAAAACAUCUGGAUACUGUCACUGGUUCUGUUGGACCGCUGAGGUUGGACCUCUGGUUUGGAGGCAGAACCGGGUUCUGACUGGUUCCUGAAAAGUUACUGCUGCCAUCUGGUGGAUGGGAUGUGCAGCUUCAGACAAGUUUGGACCUUCAGAACCACAUUUACAGUACUACCUGUUUUUAAUACAAAUGUAUGAAAUGUAGAUGUUUCUAUUUUAGUUUUGUUUUCAGGUUUAGUUUCAUAGAAAAUAAAUAUUUGGGUGUAUAUAACUAAAAUGUCAGAAUAGAAACUACAAAAAAUGUAAAACUUAUUUCAGUAAGUGGGAUUUAAUUAUUCUGGGAAGAAUAUUUCCCACCAAAAUGGCUUAAAUAUUUUUGCAUAUACAUUAUGAAUUCCCAAUUCAGCA